CGAGACCCCACCAGCUCAGCGUCUGAGAUAUUCGUCACACCAACAUUGCAGUCUUUUGAAGCACCAAGCUCCCUAGAAGUCGAGAUUUAUUUCAUUGUCGGAACUCGUUACAAUAAUCAUCAUGGCUGAUUUUCAAGCUGUUGCCGACCAGUUCGUGCAAUUUUACUAUCAAACAUUCGAUGAGAAUCGUCAGAAUCUCGCUACUCUCUAUCGGGACAACUCUAUGCUUACUUUCGAGAACACCCCCAUCCAAGGAGCGGCUGGAAUCGUCGAGAAGCUUUCUUCUCUUCCGUUCCAGAAGGUGCUCCACAAAUGGAGUACUGCCGACGCCCAGCCUUCCAGUGAGGGUGGUGGCAUCUUGGUCAUGGUCACUGGUGCUCUUCUGGUCGACGAGGAACAGAAGCCAAUGAGUUAUACCCAGACCUUCCAGCUGCUACCGGAUGGCCAAGGCAGUUACUAUGUCUUCAAUGACAUCUUCCGUCUUGUCUACCCUGCUGCCUAGAUGCUGAUUGGUUUUUCUUAUCAUCAGGGCUAGCCUGACUCUACAUUGAAGAUAUCCUGGGGGAUUGGCGAUACGAAGAAACCUUUACCUCCAUGAAGCUCUAUUUGAGCGUGCUCUUGCAUUUGGCCGCUUGAAAGUGGCAACUUUUGGGGUUGAUUAGAGCGUCAAUUUACAUAAAUACUAUUCAUCAUCUCUUCAACCACAAUUUUUCCCGUUCUUCUUUUGUUUUCAUUACGCUUAGGCCCAGUUUCGUGAAUGGGUUACUCUUCCGAUAUACAUGUGCGCCAACAAUGAAACACUCCAUUAGUCGCUGCCA